AAGCACAAUGGCGGUUGAGCAACAAGCAGUUCAUGCUUUCACACUGACAUGUUUACUUUCAUCACUGCUGCUCCAAACUUGUCGGACAUUUGCCGAAGAACUGAAGUGGGAUGAGAACGGCUACGUUUUGUACUGCCCGUGCAUGGGUCGCUUUGGGAACCAGGCAGACCACUUCCUGGGAUCUCUGGCCUUUUCAAAGAUGUUGAACCGAACCCUGGCAGUCCCUCCCUGGAUAGUGUACCGCCACCACACACCCCCUUACACCAAUGUCCAUGUUCCCUACAGGGAUUUCUUCCAGUUAGAGGCUUUGUCUGCCUACCACCGUGUGGUCAGUUUGGAGGACUUCAUGGAGAAGCUGGCCCCCAAAUAUUGGCCCUUGGGACAUAGGAACGCCUACUGCUUUGAGACUGCUGCACAGCGGAGUGCAGACAAGAAAUCCUGCCCUAUGAAGGAUGGGAACCCAUUUGGUCCAUUCUGGGAGUACGUCGGGGUGGAAUUUGACAAGUCUGUCUUGUUUGGUGGUAUUUCUUUUAGUGCCUACCACAACCCUCAGUGGAUGAAAAAGUUUCCUCCCUCUGAGCAUCCUGUCCUGGCGCUGCCUGGGGCUCCUGCCCAGUUCCCAGUGAUAGAGGAGCAUGUGGGGCUGCAGCGCUAUGUAGUGUGGUCAGACAACAUGGUGAAGGAGGGAGAAGAGCACAUUGCCGCCUUGCUGACCAGGCCAUAUGUUGGCAUUCACCUGAGGAUUGGCAUCGACUGGCAAAAUGCAUGCAAAAUGCUGAAGAGUGGCGAUGCAGGGCCUCACUUCAUGGCCUCUCCUCAGUGUGUCGGUUACAACCGCCAGACAGCACUACCUCUCACCAUGACCAUGUGCCUUCCUGACCUGGCGGAGAUUCACAGGGCUGUCAAGCUGUGGGUGAAGAAGAACUCUGCCCGCUCUGUCUACAUUGCCACUGACUCAGAGUCCCACAGCAGGGAUAUUGAAAAGCUCUUCAAGGGCAAGGUGAAAGUGGUGAGUCUCCAGCCAGACUCAGCCCAGUUGGACUUAUACAUUUUAGGCCAGGCUGACCACUUCAUCGGCAACUGUGUCUCCUCCUUUUCUGCCUUUGUAAAGAGGGAGCGGGACGUGCAUGGGCUUCCAUCCUCCUUCUUUGGCAUGGACAAGCCUGGAAAAUCAAAUCAGAAAGAAGAACUCUGAGUAGAAAGUGUCACCCUCUGGACGCUAAUGCUAGAUGACUGUCAUGAGGAAGCAAGAACGCAUGUAAAAAGUAGAGAAUAUUUAUCAUUUUUUUAUGAUGGUUCUUAAUGAGUAAAGCAAGAUAAAUGAAGGCAGAGAACUGAGGAAGGGCUUUUAAAACAGGAUGUAGCCUGCGGUUGUAUUAAUGUUUGUGAAAUGUUAUGACAUGUUGCUGCUAGCAAGAAACACUAUGUUUUUGUCUGUUCCCUGCUUGAAAAUUCAGUAUUUGUAUGUUCCUUCUCAAAAUUUGGCCUCUACCUGCUGUUGUUCACUACAGUAAAACCAGUUUUCUUUUCCACCAGGGAAACACAAGGUUUCCCCAACAUUUCCUUUAGCUACAGCUGUAUUCUUUAGCUGCAAUCAUGUUUUGCAAUCCCGACAUCUAGCAGGCCCUCUGAUGACCUCAGUGAACCCUGGGAAAGACUGAUUGCAGCGUCAGCGAUCGUCUCUGUCUCUCUUUUGCUCUCUUCCUCUUCUCUUUUUCUACCACCUUCCCUUCCCCUCCAUCUCUAUGCAGCUCGCUCUUUCCUUUCCGCUCUGCCCUCCAUUCCAAGGAGAGCACAGUAACUGAUCCUCCUGUACAUACUAAUUAUAGGGAGGGGAAGAGGAGAGAAGUCUUUCCACCUCUCACUUUACCAGGACCAAAAAUUGAGGAAAUGUGUGGAACCCCUUGUCUGAAUGCUGCGUGAACAGUGUUGUUUAUUUGGUGAAUGUGAACAAAUGUUUUAGGGUUGAUUUGCACUGGUUGAAUAUUGAUUAAAUGUAACUGGGUAUGUGUUGCAAGCUAAUUGUGUGAAUGAGAUGAUGAUGAGGUCAAAUAUUUUCUACAAUGUUUUUCACCAAUAAAAAUAUGUA